UAAUCGCUCAUCCCUAGCUUGCAUUUGAAAAUAUAAAGUUGAUGAAAAUACAACUAAAAAACAAAGGACAUGAAAGUGCCGCAAAAGAAACCACAACGUGCAGCAAGUGGCGAGACGACGCCCCAGCGCCGCAAAGCCGAAUCCAAAGAGGAGGCGGAGCCACCACUGCCUAUGCUCGAAAUUGACGACGACAUCGAAUCGGAGCUGCCGAUUCGGGGACGUCCCUCGAAGAAGCUGUUACUGCAGAAGCAACAACAGCGCGCCCAACUGCAAGCCGCUAAACUGCAAUCCGAGCAAAAGGAUUCCCCUUCCACUGCAACAUCAUCAUCCGUAUCCGCAUCACCAUCCGCAGCCGCAUCUUCAACUGGACGCAGCAAAGCGAAACGUUCGCUAUAUAAAAAAGUCGAUAAUCAAACGGGAACAAAACCGCACAGCGAAUCCUACGUGAUGCGUUUAUUUGAUCGCAGCUUAGACUUAUCCAAAUAUGAGGAUAAAACGCCGCUUUAUCCGAUUUGCCGGGCGUGGAUGGCCAAUCAGCCGCGUAAUCCCAAUGUGGCCAUUUACAAAACUGACGGCUCGGUACCCAUCGUCAAGCGGGAAGAUAACGCCGAAGAGAUUUUGGCCCAGUUGCGCAGCGGCGAAUUGAAGGUUGUCAAACAGAUGCCGAAGCCACGUGACACGGACAUGGAUCCGAUACCACAACGACUGCCACAGCCAAAUCACAAAGAUUCCGGCAAUCUGGAAGGUGCCAGCAAAGACAAGCUGCUCGCUUCCAAUAUGACGCACUGGAAGCAGGUGCGCUGCCAUAGGCUCAAACAUGCCCAGGCAUACGAACGUGCCCGUUACGAGAUAAUCAAUCAGAUAAUUGACGAGGUCUGCAAACACAAAUAACCAAUUAGAUAAUACUGUAAUAAUAAUAAUAGUAAUGGAUAAUUCAUUUCACUUGAAUAAAUUUGUAUUUGAUCAGCUGUCGAAAU